AUGGAGGCCCAAGACAUCGCUCAGUCCCUUCGGGCCCCCAAGUGUUCACGCUGCCGGAACCAUGGAUUUGUGGUACCAGUCAAGGGCCAUGCAGGCCAGUGUCGCUGGAAGCAGUGCCGGUGUGAGAAAUGUGGUCUCAUCACUGAACGCCAGAAGAUCAUGGCUGCUCAGAAAGCCUUGAAGAGACAGAGCCCAGACUCUCCACCCAGGGAAACAUUCCCAGCUACUGAGGGCAGCCCCAGUGAAGGACAAGUGACCCCCGUAGCUAGUACCAGAAAGAGUUCAAGACUGAACACCUCAGUACUCUGCAAUCAUGGGGCUGUCGUGCAUGAAGGAGCCAAAUCUACUCCAGCAGUCAGCAACUGUGACAGAACAGGGCCCUGCCAGACACCACCUCAACCCAGCUCUCCAACCUUCAUUGACUUAGACCAUCCUACUUUGCUUCAGGACUGUGCUACUGUAUGCCCAGAAAUCAUAGAAAGAGAGCAUCCCAAAGUAUAUCCUGGGAUGUACCCUUACCAUCCAUUCUCUGUGGGAUUCACUAUCAACCAACCAGGCUACAGAGGUCCACCCCCUGCAUCAGUGUUACCUCUGCAAACAGGUUUCAGCCAUUUUCCCAGCAGUCCUGGGCCAGGGAAUGUUGCCCCUUUGCCAAUUCAAGAUGCUAGUGGGUACUUUCAGCCAGGCUAUUAUACUCCACUACCACCUUUUAUACCUCGCGGCUUUCUGCCAGGGAUUCACUACAUUCCACCACCUCUCCCAUUAAAUGUUGUUACUGAAACUGCCAAGGAAACAUCAGGUGCCCCUGUAGACAGCCAGGAUUCUGGAGUGAUGAGUGAGCAGUGA